AAAUAAAAGAAAAGAUGUACAAUUGAGACCAAUUUACCAAAAGCUAGGGAAACUCUGUCUUCCGUUCAUCACAUUCCCCGUCUUCUCCAAACCCCGAUCUCUCUCUCUCUCUCUCUGCAAAUUCCCGAUCCAAUUCAAAUGGCGACGGCGAGCAGCGACGUGGAGGCGGGGUUCGCGAAGCUACAGGGCGAGGACUUCGAGUACUACAUGCAGACCUACUCCAUAAUUCUCGGCCGCAAUUCCAAGAAAUCCACCGUUGACGUCGACCUCUCCAGUCUUGGCGGCGGAAUGAACAUCUCCCGCCACCACGCGCGCAUCUUCUACGACUUCACGCGCCGUCGCUUCGCCCUCGAGGUCCUCGGCAAGAACGGCUGCCUCGUCGAGGGCGUCCUCCACCUCCCCGGCAACCCUCCCGUCAAGCUCGACUCCCAAGAUCUCCUCCAGAUUGGCGACAAGGAGUUCUACUUCCUCCUUCCCGUUAGGAGCAUCCUCGGCGGGCCGAUCGGGCCCAGGCAUUACGUGGGCCACGCCUCCUCGGCUGCGGCGACCGGGGCGGUGGUUCCGGCCCAUUACGGUUACCACAUGGUUGGGCCGGGGGCGGCGGGGCCCGGAGCGAUGGUGAAGAAGGGUAGGGGAAGGGAAUACUACGAGGAGGAGUACGACGAUGAAGAUGAGAAUGUUGGCGGUGGAAGCAGUGGGAAGAAGAUGAGGAGAGAUGGCUAUGAUGGUUAUGGCUAUGGCGGUGGUGGUGCUGGAGGGUCAGGCGGCAAGGCUGGAGCAUUAGAAAAGAAGGGAGAGGGAAGGUCAAGAGUCGAUCGAGAAACCGAUAACCAACAACUUCUUCAGUUGGAGGAAAAAGAUGUGGUGUCAUCUGUUGCUACUGUGCUUUCUGAUCUUUGUGGUCCUGGAGAGUGGAUGCCUAUGGAGAAACUUCAUACUGAGUUGGUGGAGCAGUUUGGUAACGUUUGGCAUCAUAGUCGAGUAAGGAGAUAUCUUACACCCGAGUAUCCUGGUUCUGAAGCAAAGGGAAAACCGUGGUGCGGCUUGCUGAUGUUGCUUAGAAAAUACCCAGAACACUUCGUCAUCAACACGAGAUCCAAGGGCAAGAUCACCCUCGAAUUUGUCUCUCUCGUUUCUCUCCUUUCAUAGAAAAUGAGGCACGCCAUAGAGUAUGCUUGUGCUGUUUGCUGACCAUUGAAAGUUUAGUUAAUACGGCUGGUGCCACUGCUAAUGGCCAAACUGUCACUCCCAAAUUAUGUCAACUACUUGUUUUGUCGUCACCUGUAAAAUGUUUAAUCUUUAUGGACUUAUUUUAGCACGCUGUAGGCUUUGUUUUUGCCAUUAAACGUUUUUGUAAAUCGUGGUUAAUGGUUGUAGAACGAAUCAACUUCCAAAUUUGUUGUGUUUCUCUCCACUCUUGAGAAUCAGAUCAGAA